AUGGAAGCUGGUCAACCGCAAAGCAAGGCAGAAGUUGUUCGUGAAAAAUACAGUACAAAUAAGGAGCGGCCGAAUGGUGCGAUAGAUGUUGAAAAUAUAAGUGCUACUGAUGAUGAUGAUGAUGAUGUCGAUACUCAGUCCGAUAUAACAACUGCUAGCAUCAGUGAUGCCAAUGCACAGAGGAAAUAUCGUUCGCAACAAAAUGCAUCAAAAGCCGACCUAGGCCAUGCUGCCGACAGUGAUGAUGGAAAUGUUGAUUACGAUUAUGAGAGUGGUGAGGGCGAUGUUGCGCACGUACAUAAUAAAUUGAAAGAACCGAUUGGCCAGAUUGGCGAUCAUGAACAAGCAAUUUUCGAGGAGAUGACACAUCUGAAGAAGAUGCAGCUACAGUAUGGUAAAGUGAAGGAGCAUGUGCUUGUUCGUUCGCUAAUCAACAAUUUCUGCAAAAUGCACGGCUUAAAUCCAGCAAAUUUCAAAUUUCAGACAUUCCAUUCCUGGGAAAAAUUUCUUAAUGUGAUCAUUAAGCUGUGA